CCUUUACAUUCAGCCUUUCUCCUUUCCACAUUUCACACCUAGCACCAGGGCGCACAUGGGAGCCGAGUGCACGCGCGCUCGUUCUCGCCCCAGGACUGCAAAUUCCACCUUAAAAACCCCUUCUCGAGUGAAACUUUUGGCUUGAACUCAGUCGGUCCACCUUAAGCGCACACGCAAACGCAGGCAGGCGUACAGCGAGGUUUCCGCUUCUCAGUUGGGCUCGGACCGCGGCUCACGAAAAAACACCGUUUGUAACGCACAAGGUUGACGCACUAAAGGUAAGAAAAAAGCAAGCAAAGCAACCGAGCAGUAAAAGAAAAAAAAGAUGUCUGAAUCCAAGUACCGCGAGUGGAUACUAGACACUAUCGACUCGCUGCGGUCGCGAAAAGCCCGACCGGACUUGGAGAGGAUUUGCCGAAUGGUCCGGAGACGACACGGGUCCGAGCCCGACCGAACCUGCGCAGAACUGGAGAAACUGAUCCAGGAACAAACCGUGCUGAAAGUUAACUACAAGGGCUCCAUUUCGUACCGAAACGCCGCCAAGGUUCAGCGGAGGAGCAGAAAAAAAGACGAUGUAACGUUAACGACGGCCGGGAGAAGGAACGCGGUGGAAGAAGCCAGUCACUCUGACUUGAGCAACGGGGACAGCGCGGUCGGUCCGGCUGACCAGGACGAGGAGGAUUUGGAGGCAGACACCUCUAUGGCUAUGGACACAGACAGUAAUGCAGAUGAGGAGGGGGCCGAUGAGAGCCGGGAUGGGCAGGACGGACCCUCUCCUGUGCGCACGUAUGAAGAUGCCGCCGUGCACUGUGCCUCUGAGCGAGCUGUCUCUGCUCCCUGCUCUCCCUCUGGCACCCGGCCUGGCCCUGGCCCUGGCCCUGGCGGCGUCCCUAGCUCGGGUCUGGACUGUGCCUCUCUCCAAAGGGCUGGUGCAAGGCCCAGCUCCUUGCCCCCCUCCAGCCCCAGGGCCCUCGCACACAAUGACUGGGCUUAUAGUUCUGCUGUCUGCCCAGUGGAGCGCCAGCACCCAGGAAUGCAGAGAGACAAAGCAGCAGUCAUGAAGCCAGCAGUCCACUCUGUAACUAUCAGCCCAUGUGCUUUAAAGAACAACGUGAAGAAGGAGGAUGAAGGCAAGGCGGAGGAUAGUGGCCUUUUGCCUGACCAGUUGGUACCAGACUAUGCAGCACGACUGGAGGAGAGCAGGAAUGUAUCGGAUGGGAGAUCACAGACACUGUCUUUGCUAUCUGACAACUGUACAUUUAAGAAGAAGAUAGAUAUAUCAUCCUUCACAGCAGCUGAAGACAGUCUUCUGAAUGGUGGUAAAAGUGAUGAUAUCUCUGUGAAGAAGGAGAAGAUGAGUCAGAACUUGUUGCAGUGGACUGUGGCAGAUGUGGCCAGUUAUUUUUCAGCUGCAGGCUUUCCAGAGCAGGCUGUGGCAUUUCGAACACAGGAAAUUGAUGGAAAGUCCCUUCUCCUAAUGCAGCGCAGUGACGUGUUGACCGGUUUGUCCAUCCGACUCGGCCCUGCCCUCAAAAUCUACGAGCGCCACGUAAAGGUGCUGCAGAGGACCCACUUCCUGGAAUACGAAGACCUCUGAAGUGGCGAUGCAUCGUUUGCGCUCACGUGACCCGACAGACAAUGCUGCGUUGACCCAAACGUGCAUGCACAGUGCCCUCUCCCAUCUGGAUCCUGCCACCCACCUUCAUAUAUAUAGUAUAUGUAGAAGGUGUGUGGAGGGGGAAAGGCUGCGGUGGAAUCAACUUUCACUGUGAGAAUGACCAGUAACUAAAAGACAUUCAUCCUACCUCUCAUUAUGGUCUUUGGUUUUCAAAUGGUUUUUCAUUUCACCCACGUACAAUUGCACUGUCAAGGGAACGGACUGCUACGUUCAGAGUAUGUUUUAAAAAGGAGGAGCAGUGACCUUUUCUGCAAGAGUAAAAGCUGGAUAACGCAGCCAGUGAAGGGGACUGAGUCUCGCACCAAGUGGACCAACUAUGGGCAAAUGUACCUAUAGAGACAUGACUUGCAUAGUGCUGUGGCCAAAGCGUUGUCACAGUUUGGGGUCCAUAAGAACAUGUCGAGGCUCUGAAAUUUCUCACUUUAUCCUCCCUGUAUCUAUUACGGUACGUUCUGUUAGUACAGAAACUGCUCAUAAGUCGCACAGAUAAACAUAAAGCGCAUCUGUUGUGCAUUUUUCCUUUUCUCAUCUGAUGAGUUGGACUAAAUGUCAUCAAAGUGCUGGGGAAGUCAGACUAUCUACAUAUCUGCAGCAAAAGUCAACAGUCUGAUGCCACCAAUUGCUGCUGACGUUGGAUUAUGCCGUCAGUGUCUCGGACAUAACCAAUACGAUGUACUACUACCUGCUGGCAAGGCAAUAUGUUGUUGUUUUUUUCUUGUUAUAUCUUAUUUAGAAAUGACUGUGGUCCAACUUAAUACAGUUGAAUUUUGGGGAACAAUUGCAGAUAUACAGGAAAUGUGCGGCCUAGUGGAAUUUGCUUUCAUACACAAGCAAAAUAAAGUACUUUUGGGGAAAUGUUAUUGUAAUACUGAAUAUAUUGUUUUAAACUUAAUACAACUGCUCAGUGCCUGUUUAUGGAGCAGAUACCUUGAUCCAAUGCAAUAUUUUAUGUUAUCAUCCAUUUAUAAUUUGUCGAAUGUCUAUUUGUGUGAAGAUAUAAGCCAGCCACUUUAAUUGUGACAUUCCAUACGAUGUAGUCUACAUCUCCAAUGUAUUUCCUCCCCUUUUUAUCUGUAACAGUGACACUUCUUCCAGAGUCACAAAUAAAGCUCAUGUCUCUCUGUUCA